AUGACCCUGCACGAAUUCGGUAAUCCCGCGGAGAUGGGACUUGGGUUCGUCAGCGUUAGGGCAACACUUGUUGACCGGCAAAUCAACCCUGUGCCACCCUCAGAUGGACCAGGAACCCAGAUGCUCGACGCAGCGCGUCGCGGCAUUGAACGAUGGGGGCUAAACGGCGAAUUGCAGCCUCCCACGAGUCCCAAGCCCCCUCUGCGAGAAAUGCCCUUGGGCCUGGGUAUUCCUAAGCAGGUUUCCAAGUACGACCCGGACAAGAAAAUCGGAGUGACAAGAGUACCGGGCGAGCCGCUUGGACCGGCCAAGAAGUGCAGGCCAUGCAAGCGAAAAAGGCAACUGGGCUGUUGUCCCAGCGUAGGCAAGACUACGCAACCGUCGAAGCCGUCGAAGCCGUCGAAGCCAUCAAAGAGCAAGUUCUCGUUUCCAAAGGGCAAAACACGCCGGGUGACCGCUGCGUCCGCGAAGACAGCUGCUAUCGGUUUAUUAGCGCCGUAUGCGCGGGAUGUUUAUGAAGAAAUCAAGACGUGGCCGGUAGUCGGAUAUCUUCUGCAAGGAUUUGACGAUGCGGUGGAAUCCCUUCAGGUCGCUAUUGGAGGUCCAGGGCGGGACGACAUUGACGGAAAUGACCUGAAAGCAAGCUUGAUUUGUUGGCUGAAAGGAGGAGAGGCCAAAGAAAUUAUUGCUGGGAGGCCGAAUCAUAUAUGUACCCCCUGGGAUAAGAGAUUCGACGAGAGAUUUGAAGAAUUGUUGAAGCAAGGCAAACUUGAUGAGGACGUGCAGUUGUGUCAAGGGUACGAGACGCAUCACAAUCCUUACAAGGCAGUUGAGGACUGGUUCAAAGACAGGUGCAAGGCGCUGUUUGCUUCGAGCGCAUAUUCGAGGUGGACGUUGGAGAAAUGGAGCAAGGGCCUUGACAAGAUACUGGAGUUUUGUUAUAGUGUUCACGACUACGAGCCGGCCGAUGACGACGUACGGCAAAAGAUAGAAAAGGGCUGCACCGCCUUUCAAGCCAAGGUAGAUGAAAUUGAGGGCAAGGCCGCGAAAAAAACCAUCAAGAAACCGGCCGUGGGUAUCGGGCUCCCAACUUUCAAAAGAGACGGCUGCACUUGCAAUGCCAGCAAGUUGCAGUCAUUCGACACCCGCUGCGGGCGAUAUUGUCGGCUCAUAUACAAGCUCGGCUAUAAUGUCCUUGUCUAA